AGUUUGGCGAGUUUUGUCUGACUUGGUCGUAGAAGACGACAUUAGAGGUGAUAGGGGAGUUCGGAGAUUUAGGCGAAUCCAACUAAGCCUUUUCUGGCACGUUUUUUCAACCCGUCAUUGCAUGUGCGUGUGUGUGUGUGCGUGCACGCGUAUACGCAUGUUCCGUUCGGAGCAUUAUACGUCCGUAUGUACGCGCGAGAAUGACAGUUCACUUGCUUGUUGAAGAACACGCGUGAGCGUGGAAUCGCACAGGAUCGUCCAUCGAACAUAUGAUCAUUGCCGAGAAAUGAUGAGGCGUCGUGUCGCGUGUCGACAGUAAAGCUUUUUGACGACCAACGAGUAAUAAUCCACACGAAGAACGAAGCGAACAACCAUGAGUUCCGUCUGGAAACGUUUGCAGCGAGUGAAUAAGAGAGCCGCCAAGUUUCAGUUCACCGUCUCUUAUCAUGAGGUCACGUUGGAAACGACGACGAAAUGGAAACCAAACAAACUGAGCAUUGUUUGGACAAGACGUAGCAGAAGAGUUAGUUCGGAACCCUUAGACUGGGAGCCAAGUUUGAGUGAUCCGCUUAAGGGUGCUAUUAGCUGGGCAGUUCCUGACAAUCACACAGUUUCUGUGACACUAUUCAAAGAUCCACGAACGCACGAACUAGAAGACAAAGAUUGGACAUUUGUCAUCGAAGAUGUAUCAUCGACGGGAAAAAGACGUCAUGUCGCUGCUACUAAUAUAAAUAUGAAAAAGUAUGCAACCCUUGAAUCUAGCCAGCAACAACUCAAAUUAGAUUUAAAACCAACUUCUAAGAAGAUUGUUAGUGCUACACUCGAAUGUACUUUGUCAUGUGUAUUCCUGCGAGAAGGCAAAGCAACGGAUGAGGAUAUGCAAAGUAUGGCUAGUUUAAUGUCGGUUAAUAAUAACAGCGAUAUUGCACCAUUGGAUGAUUUUGAUAAUGAAGAUAUACCUGAAGAUGUUGAAGAGGUAUCGGUAAAAAACUUGGAUGAGAUAUUAGAUAUCUCAGCUCAACUCGAUUUAAUGACAAGCAGUCUUACUGAAAGUGAAUUACCUAGCACUCCUAUAAGUGUGGCAAGUUUAUCAAAGGAUGAUACAACCCCUGUAAAUGAUGGAGAGCACUUUAUACGCGACAUUAGUCUAACAGGAAUUGGAGAUUCUCUGAAAGAAAAAUCGCCCAUAAAAGAUCAUGUUGCUGCUGAAAAUGAUAAAAACAUUGAACAUAGCGCGUUAAGGUUGCCGCUGCAGCCAUUGGAUUUUAAAAAGAAUGAGGCAAAUAUUCCAAGACUGAAAGAGAUUACUCCUGGUCAGGACUUAUUGGAAUGGUGUAAAGAAGUUACUAAGGAUUACUCCGGUGUUAAAGUUACUAAUUUGACGACAUCUUGGCGAAACGGAAUGGCAUUUUGUGCAAUUAUUCAUCACUUUAGACCUGAUUUAAUAGAUAUCGAUUCGCUGUUACCUCACGAUGUAAAAGGCAAUUGCAAGAGAGCAUUUGAUGCGGGCGAAGCUCUAGGCAUACCCAGAGUUAUAGAACCAGCAGACAUGGACAUAUUAACUGUACCUGAUAAAUUGGCUGUGAUGACUUAUUUGUAUCAAUUGAGAGCGCAUUUUACAGGCCAUGAAUUGGAGGUACAUCAAAUAGGUAAAACAACAGAUGAAUCUUCUUACAUGAUUGGCAGAUUUAACACAGACAACAAUACAGACGUGAGUGUUCAGUUAUUUGGUCAAGAAAUUAUUAACUUACGAAAGAAGGAACAGAUCGAUCAGAAAAAUAAUAAAGCAGACAAUAAUCGACGAUCGAAUCCAUUCGAUAAUAAAAAGGACGAUAUCAGUAUCGAUUCGCUGAAAAAUAAGUUACAUUUGAGCUUGAACACAGAUAAUCAAGAUCAUGAUCAAUGUAACAAAGAUAAGUCGCCGUCUAGCGUGAAGGAAGUCAAGGAUAUCAUAUUGGCUAGCUCGAAAAGCAUUCUGGGCAAGGUGUUAUCACCAACCAAAGAAAAAUAUUUGUCUAGAGAGAAGAGUAAAUCCCCACCGAGAGUGCAACAAGCGCAGCAACGUCCAAUACUUAUGACACGCCGCCAAUUAACUGAUCCGUUCGGCUCUGACGAUGAAGAGGAAAACAUACAGAUAAUUGAUGACAAAUGGUCACAAUCGAUCUCGAUUACCAAAUCGCAAACCCCAAUUCGUGAUGAUUUGAUAAAUUCUGAUGACAGAGGAGGCCGAGGUAAUACAGAAUGCCAAGGUGCAUCGCCGCCAUAUGCAGAUCAACGUUCGCAUCCAUUAGUUAGUCGACACGAUGAAUUGCGAGAGCGUGCGAGACAACUCUUAGAACAAGCCAGAAAUCAGACGAAACCAUCCGGAUUUGUUUCUGCUGCGAUUAGUCCCGUCGAGACACAGAAUGAUGAUGAAAGGCAACAACAAUUGCGCGAAAGGGCGAGACGCUUAAUAGCAGAAGUGAAAAUGGGCGUCACUGUGACUCCAAGUCAACUGAAUGACGAUAAUAGUAGUGAUAGACGAUCGAUAGACGAUCAGAACAAUAGUCCUAGACGUAGCAUCACACCAUCGACCCCUGGUGAUAGACUCAGCAUAAAGUCUGAAUAUAAUGGAAACAUUCUGGGGAAUACCAGUGUAAUAGAUGGUGAAAAGAAAACUGGUUCACCUUUGUAUUCUUUCUCCAAAAUCAUAGAACGAAUUUCACCCGAUAAAGGAAGUCCUGACAGAACUCCGUAUACACUUCGUGGGUUGGGUAAAGAUAUGACAUCGUAUAUUCAAAAUGAACUGGAAGCGCUUGAGAGGGAACAGAAUCAAAUCGACAUACAAGCUGGUAAACUUGAAAAGCAAUUAAGAGCAGCCAUGGAGAGUGAUAAUGAAGAUGAAACGGAAAGACUAAUGUCUCUAUGGUUUACACUUGUUAACAAGAAGAAUGCACUUUUGAGAAGGCAAAUGCAAUUAAACAUAUUGGAGAAAGAAGACGAUUUAGAACGACGAUUUGAACUUUUAAAUCGCGAAUUGAGAAGUAUCCUUGCAGUGGAGGACUGGCGGAAAACAUCCGAGCAAAAAAUGCGUGAAAACUUAUUGUUGGAAGAGUUGGUAUCCAUUGUGAAUAAAAGAGAUGAAUUGGUUCAUCAUCUCGAUACACAAGAGAGAGCCAUUGAGGAUGAUGACGAGAUAGAGCGCGAUUUAUCUCGUGCUGGAUUAGCUCAACGAAAUAAAAAUUGUGUUGUACAAUGAGGAGUUUAUAUUAUUUAUCGUGUUUUUCUGACGCUAUUUUGAAGGCAUGACCCAUUUUACUGCAAAGUUGCCAAAGAAUUGACGAAAUUAGAGUUUGAAAAAUUAAGUAUGGUUAUGGUGUCUCAUGAUUACACACACAGAUUAUUUUUAGGAACUCAUUUUUUUCAUUGUAUAUUAAAAAUGAAUUUCGAAAUAGAUUCAGAUUUCGCUUUUACUAUAAAUAUAUUAAAUUCGUAAGAAAUUUUGAAGAAAAAUAACGCAAAAAAUUAAAAUAACAAACAUUAGAUAAAUAUUAAUCAUUGAGAUGCGUAAAUGCACUUAAUUUCUUGUAUAUUAUAGAGUACCUAAUAUCGAUUAUUUCAUAAAAUAAGCAUUUCACUGUGUGUUUUAAGUGGAUUACCGCGCGUUAAUAGAAUCGUGUGCAAAUAGAUAAAUAUGUUAUCGGAUAAAAAAUCAUGCGAAAUACUUUCACAAUUAAUAAUAUAAAAACUAAUUUUUUUUUAAACUGGAAGAUAAAAUGCGUUUAGCAAAAGUAGAGUGAAUGCAAAUGCAAGAAAUAAAUGAAAAGAGUGGAAGUUAGUUAAUAAAGAUAUGCCUCGAUGAGAUUUAAAAAGUAAUCAAUUACAAAGUUAUUAUUUGAUACUGUAU